GGCAGGUGAAGGAGGGAGGGACAGCGAGGAGGACAAGAAAGAAACAAAGAAGAGAGAAGAGAAGAGAAGCCUCAUAUAACGUGUGCGCUUCGCCGGUGAAAUUCACUAAUUGCAGCCAAGACUUUUAGAUUGCUUUCUCUCGAAGACAAACCCUAAAUCUUCAGAUUUCAGCUAUCAAUUUCUAUCUUCUUUUUCCUUUUCCCUUUUUCCUCAAUCGUAAAAGAAAAGAAGUCUGAUCUGAUCACAGUUUGAUUACAAAAAUGUCAUACGCCUAUCUGUUCAAGUACAUAAUCAUCGGCGAUACAGGAGUAGGGAAAUCGUGCCUAUUGCUUCAAUUCACUGACAAGAGAUUCCAGCCCGUCCAUGACCUCACCAUUGGUGUUGAAUUUGGAGCUCGUAUGAUCACCAUCGACAACAAGCCUAUCAAGCUUCAAAUUUGGGACACCGCCGGUCAAGAAUCGUUUAGAUCUAUCACCAGGUCUUAUUACAGAGGUGCUGCUGGUGCUUUGCUUGUCUAUGAUAUUACCAGGAGGGAAACUUUUAACCACUUGGCUAGCUGGCUUGAGGAUGCAAGGCAGCAUGCCAACGCAAACAUGACCAUUAUGCUCAUUGGUAAUAAGUGUGAUCUUGCUCAUAGAAGGGCCGUCAGCACCGAAGAAGGUGAACAGUUUGCAAAGGAACAUGGCUUGAUCUUCAUGGAGGCCUCUGCAAAAACUGCUCAGAAUGUCGAGGAGGCUUUUAUCAAAACAGCUGCAACAAUAUAUAAGAAGAUUCAGGAUGGAGUUUUUGAUGUAUCAAAUGAGUCUUAUGGGAUAAAAGUUGGGUAUGGAGGAAUUCCGGGGCCAUCAGGAGGCAGGGAUGGCGUUUCUGCUCAAGCUGGAGGCUGUUGCAGUUGAAAUUGAAUACCCAUUUGCUAUACUUGAGUGCAACCAAUUUACAUAUUUAUUCUGUUCUUUAUGAUUUUCUCCUGUUUUUUAGUCUGAACGUUGUGACUUGUUUUCUGCAAGUGUCAAUUCAGGGUAUAACGUAUAUGUAUAAUCCAUCUUGAUGCCGUGUCCAAUGAUUGUAAAUCCAUUGGUUGCUCUUCUGCUUCUCGUUUCCUUCGA